AAUCAGUGUUAAACAAUGGCGACAAAUAAAAAGGAACGGGAACAAAAAUUUUCGUUGGACGAUUGUUUAAUCCUUUGUAAUUUAAUGGCUGAAGGAAGUGGCAUCAGCGGAUUAACCAACCAUGAGCUACUGAAACAUAGAUUUACAGAAGGAAUAACUAGCCAAACAAAAAAGAAGAUGUGGACAAGAGUGUCGGACUUGUACAAUGGAAAAGCCAGCAAGUCUAGAUCUGCUGACAAGCUAGAAAAAAAAUGGGUGAACCUGGUGGCCAAGCACAGAAUAAUAUAUACGGAUCACGUGAGAGACCGUGCACUGACUGGAGGAGGUUGUUUGCAAAAAACUCUGGACAUCGUGACAGAGGCGGUCAUGAAUGUAAUUGGAAUUGAGUCGCCUUCAAUCGCUGGUGCUGCAGGUGUGGCACUUGACUCCAGCUUCAGUCUAUUGGAGUCAUUUUCAGCUGCCGCAAUACCUUCCCAUACAGUAACACAAUACUUGGAAGUGGUGGCAGGGCCAAGUGAAUCGGUGGAUUAUGGUAGCAGAUGUAACUGCAGCUGUCACGGAAACGACCAACUACAUGGAAUGUCUUUGGAGCAACUGAAAAGAAAAAAAAUUAUACUUGAAAUCCAGUUGUUAACACAAAAGCUACAGUCACCAUAAAUGUUUUUUUUAACGUAAGCUUUUGUUUUUUUUUAUCAA